AUGGAAACUCACACUCACUACAAAGCUCUCUCCACACUCUUCUUUCUCGUACUCGGUCUCGGCGUUUCCUACGCCACCAGCCGCACCCUCCUCACCUACGACGUUCCCUACUACGCCGGCGCCGGCGGCGAAGGUGGUGGCUCUGGAUACGGAGGCAUGGACGGGUACGGCAGUGGUGGAGGUGGCGGCCAUGGCGGUGGCGGAGGAUCUGCAUACGGUGGUGCCGGUGGGUAUGCUAGUGGUGGCGGUGAAGGUACAGGAGGUGGGUACGGUGGAGCCACCGGCGGAUACGGUGGUCAUUCCGGCGGAGGAGGUGGCGGUAGUGGAGGCGGCGGUGGAACCGCCUAUGGCGGCGGAGGAGAACACGCUGGUGGUUACGGAAGCGGUAGCGGAGCUGGAUACGGUGGAGCAAUUGGUGGGUACGGCGGCGGAGGUCAUGCCGGCGGUGGAGGUGGUGGCAGUGGCGGAGGAGGUGGCGCUGCGUACGGUGGUGGAGGAGAGCAUGCAAGUGGUUACGGAAAUGGGGGCGGUGAAGGUGGUGGCGGCGGUUUAGGUGGAGGAGGUGGAUGCGCGUACGGUGCCAGCGGCGAGCAUGGCGGGGGCUACGCCCCUUGAAGACUUAUGGAUGGGGGCAAUUUGAAUCCGUUGAACUUUUGCGUUUAAUAAUAAUUGAAUAUUCUUCACCUCAUCAUAUGCUUCUAAAUCAUAACCAUGUCAUAAAAUGCUAAUGCAUCGAUCCAAUUAAGAAUAGAAUUUAUAGGCAUCCACGAUGGCAUUGGCAUGGUUAGAUUAAUGAACCCAAUGGAACAAGAGAUUAAUUACGUUAAAAGUAGAAAGCAAGAAACAGAGGACCAAUCUCUCUCUCUCUCUUUUCUUUAAAUCUCCGUUCCAAAAACAGAUGUAUCAUCGCCAACCAACCAACCAACCAACACAUGUACGGAGCACAAGACCAAUCUAACAAAAUUGAUCAAUGUCUGUCUGUCUCUCUCUC